GACAUACUCUUGUUGGAAGCCGGUUUUUUUGCAGUUAUCCUUUCGAGGUUACUUGGAAUGUUUCUCAUUCGUUGGCUACUGUUCCGACUGAUGUUUGCCUCGGGUGUGGUCAAGCUUACCAGUGGGUGCCCAUCGUGGUGGGGCCUCGAGGCACUUCAUUGGCACUACCAGUCAGAGUGCAUUCCCAACCCAGUGGCAUGGUUCGCACACUGGUUACCUGGUUGGUUUCACAAAUUCAGCGUGGCAUGCACUCUCCUGAUCGAAAUCAUUCUGCCCCUCCUGUUCGUGUUUUCGCAUCGUACUAUUCGCGUGUUCUCGUUUUAUGCUCAGGUGUUUCUUCAAUUGUUGAUUAUUGCCACGGGAAAUUUCAAUUUUUUCAAUAUGCUGACCAUCGUGUUGUGCUACUCACUGCUCAAGGACGAAGAUUUUCCUAACCCUUUUUCAUAA